AUGUCGUUAGCCGGUCAGGUGGCCCUUGUAACUGGUGCUUCGAGGGGGAUCGGGAGAGGGAUCGCCUUGCAACUUGGACAGGCUGGAGCCACCGUGUAUGUGACAGGACGUCAGCCAAAAGAGAGCGAUGCCACAAAAUUGGACUCCUACUCUCUACCAUCAUUGGAAAAAACGGCCAAGGAAAUCACGGAGCGUGGUGGGAAAGGAAUCGUCGUUUACUGUGAUCAUGGAAAUAUGGACAAUGUCAAGGAUCUCUUUGGAAGAAUUGACAAGGAAAACAACGGAAAACUGGACAUUCUCGUGAAUAACGCGUACUCUGCAGUUACGGCAAUCUUCGAGGGCACUGGAAAGAAAUUCUAUCAACAAGAGGCUGAAGUUUGGGAUGAGGUGAACAACGUGGGUCUCCGGAAUCACUACUACUGCUGUGUGUAUGGUUCGCGAAUGAUGGUGAGAAACAAGAAAGGUCUCAUCAUCAAUAUCAGCUCUCCGGGUGGAUUACGAUAUCUCUUCAACAUCCCUUACGGUGUCGGGAAAGAGGCUUUGGAUAGAAUGUCGGCUGAUAUGUCGAAAGAGUUGCGACCGGAUGGGGUGACGGUAAUCAGUUUGUGGCCGGGAGCCGUGCGAACGGAGCUCGUCAUUGGCAUGCAACAAGCCGAUCAGAGUGGAGCGCACUCGCAGACAGCAAAGAUGUUCGCCGAUGGUGAGACGAUCGAAUACCCAGGAAUCGCGGUGGUUCGCUUGGCCGGGGAUAAGGAUAAGAUGCUGCUCACAGGGAGAACCCUUCUCACCGCGGAUCUGGGCGAUAAAUAUGGAUUCGUGGAUAUUGAUGGCCGUACCCCACCAAACCUUCGCUCGGUGUCUCGUUUAUUGAACUACGGUGGAUGGAAGGGUCUCUCUGAUUGGGUUCCCCAUUGGGUCCGUCUUCCCGGAUGGUAUAUGGGGCGCGCAAACUCGAGACUA